UUUUAACACCUUCGUAUGAUGUUUUGGAUGCAGAGUUCUGAGGAUUCAAUGAAGAAAUCCUCAUCAGUUGGACCGUGGGGAGGCAAUGGAGGGUCCCGUUGGGAUGACGGGAUAUACUCAGGUGUAAGGCAAUUGGUGAUAGUUCAUGGGGCAGGAAUUGACUCCAUCCAGAUUGAAUAUGAUAAGAAAGGAUCCUCUAUCUGGUCAGAGAAGCAUGGUGGAAGUGGAGGCAAUAAAACUGACAAGGUGAAACUUGAUUAUCCAGAUGAGUUCCUAACUUCAAUUCAUGGAUACUAUGGUAGCUUAAAUCAAUGGGGGCAAAACUUAGUUAGGUCACUGAGUUUUGAGAGCAACAAGAAAAAUUAUGGUCCAUUUGGUGUUGAAAAGGGGACACGUUUUUCGGUCCCAAUGAACGGGGCCAAGAUUGUUGGGUUUCAUGGCAGAUGUGGUUCGUACAUAGAUGCAAUCGGAGUCUAUCUGAAGUCCUUGAAGAAACCAGAUCCAUCCAAAGCUUUGGUUCAUCAGAACCACAUUAAUAACACUGCUGAGAACUUUGGUUAUUCUGUGUUACAAGGAAGUGUAAACCAGAACUAUGACAUUGUCCUUGCUGUAAGACAGAAAGAUGAUUUCGGUAAGCCUCAGCCUCUUCCAAACAAUGUCUCCAAUGUCUCCGGGAAGAUUUCUCUUGUCAAAGAAUCCAACAAUUUUGAACACAAAGGAAAGGUAGCUCAUUUAGUAAAGUCACCCCAGAGGGUGGAAGGUGUCACAUAUGGGCCUUGGGGUGGCAUUGGUGGAUAUACAUUUGAUGAUGGAACCUAUGAAGGAAUCAGGCAAAUUAACCUGUCGCGCAAUGUUGGAAUUGUAUGGAUUAGAGUUUUGUAUGAUCAUGAAGGGGAGGCCAUAUGGGGAUGCAAGCAAGGUGGAACAGGAGGAUAUAAAAGUGAUAAGAUAGUCUUUGAUUUCCCAUAUGAAGUCCUGACACAUAUUUCAGGCUACUAUGGACCUUUGAUGUACAUGGGGCCUGUUGUUAUAAGGUCACUAACUUUCUUCACCACCAAAAGGAGGUAUGGACCAUAUGGGGAAGAACAAGGAACUUAUUUCACCACAAAGGUGAAAGAAGGUAAAGUGGUUGGAAUUCAUGGGAGAAAAGGUUUGUUCUUAGAUGCUUUAGGUGUACAUGUGGUAGAAGGGAAAGUAGUAGCACCAGUGGCAACACCUCCCAAGGAAAUCAUCCCCAGAGAAACAAAUAUGGGUGAGAUAGGCAGUGCUCAAUGGCCUAACAAGCUGGUUCUUGCUAAGCCAACAGCAUCUGAAGAGGUUUCUUGUGGUGUGGUUAAAGAACCAGCUCCAUGUGGACCAGGUCCAUGGGGUGGAGAUGGAGGUAGACCCUGGGAUGAUGGAGUCUUUUCUGGGAUUAAGCAGAUUUAUUUGACAAAAGUACCUGAAGGCCUCUGCUCUGUUCAAAUCGAGUAUGAUCGAGGCAGGCAACCUGUGUGGUCUGUGAAACAUGGCGGCAAUGGAGGAGACACCAUGCAUAGGAUACAACUGGAGUAUCCACAUGAGGUGCUGACUUGUAUAUCUGGCUAUUAUGGGUCAAUCACUAAGGAUGAGAGGCAUGUAAUCAUAAAGUCACUGACAUUCCACACCAGUCGCGGCCAGUAUGGUCCAUAUGGUGAGGAAGUAGGGAAGUUCUUCACUUCAACCACUACAGAGGGCAAGGUGGUUGGUUUCCAUGGGAGGAGCAGCUCCUACUUGGAUGCCAUUGGGGUUCAUAUGCAGCACUGGCUUGGAAGUCAGAAAACUUCAAGGUCUUCCCUCUUCAAGCUAUUUUGAAUCUUUGAUCUGUGCUUCUGACCAAAAUAGCAUUUUUGGCAUUGGAUAAGUGUUGAGGGGUGUUUCAAUUUUUGAUGUACAACAUCAUUGGAUGUGCAUCAGUGCAUUCAAGAUGAUUUUCUAGUUUGAUGUGGUUUCUGGAAAUUAUACAUGAAUUUUAGUCAUACUGGAAAGAUGAAAUAAAAUUGGUUUGGUUCGGAUUCAAACACAA